CAACUUCUAAAUUCUCUGUUUCGAAUGUUGAGUUUGCGGGAGAUUUAGUCACCCUAAAGUAGUUCAAGAGUUCCUAACUUUACGAUUUACUUACCACAUAAUAAAACUGAUUUUUGAGUUUGCUUUAAUGCGAAACUAUGUUAAUCUGGUUACAUUGCAAAUCAUUCGGACUAAUAUUUGAUCUAAGGAUAAUAUUUUAAUUGACAUAUUGCUAUUUUACUUUCUAUUCCAUCUGAGUAAAUAUAUAAAAAUGCGUGAGCGCUUCUCUACUGAAGACAGCAAUAAUUCUUCUACGGAAUUUGGUUGCUCUGUGCAUGAACUUCAGGGACUUAUGCAGUUGCGUGGAGCUGAAGCAGUAGAAGUUGUGAAUAAAAGAUUUGGUGGAGCUUCUGGAUUGUGUAAACGUCUUAAAACCUCUCCAACUCAAGGAUUAUCAAGUCAUGAUUUGGCAAAACGUCGUGAAGUCUUCGGGACCAAUAUAAUACCCCCAACACCUCCAAAAAGUUUUUUUCAACUUAUGUGGGAAGCUUUACAGGAUGUAACAUUGAUUGUUUUAAUGGUGGCUGCAGGUGUAUCACUUUUACUGGCAUUAUAUUCUAAAUAUUUUGGUGGAGAGCAUAGUUCCGGUGAUGAGAGUGAAGGUGAAGUUAGUUGGAUUGAAGGUGUUGCUAUACUUUGUGCUGUUUUGGUUGUAGUUUUAGUAACAGCAACAAAUGAUUGGCAGAAAGAAAAACAAUUUCGUGGUUUACAAGAUAAAAUUGAAUCAGACCAUAAAAUGUCUGUUUUACGAGAUGGUGAUAUUACAGAAGUACUAGUUGGUGAUAUUGUUGUUGGUGAUAUAUGUUUAGUGAAAUAUGGUGAUCUACUGCCUGCUGAUGGAGUGAUUCUUCAAAGUAAUGAUUUAAAGGUUGAUGAAAGCUCAUUAACUGGUGAACCGGAUCAAGUGAAGAAAGGUGAAAACAUUGAUCCAAUGUUAUUAUCAGGUACACAUGUUAUGGAAGGUUCUGGUAAAAUGGUUGUUACAGCUGUUGGAGUGAAUUCACAAGCUGGUAUUAUAUUUACAUUGUUAGGUGCAACUGAAGGAGACGGUUCAACUGCCGCACCACCGCCUCCAAUUAAUUUAGCUAAUGCUAAUGAGAUGACACAAAUUUCAAGGAAUACAAAUCCAAACUAUGAUACAGAUGAUAAACAACAACAUGAAAUAAAUAAAAAUCCUAAUGAUCAAUCUAAUGGUAAUAAACAUUCAAUUAAAGGAAGUGGCCAUGUCGCUUUCAGUGGUACAUCUGAAGUUGUGGGACCAGGUAAAAAUAAAUCGGCAGCCACAGGUGGUCGUAUUGAAAAUCAUCAACAUGAUAAUUUAAAUCAGCGUAACAGUUUAGGUAGUGGAGAUGCAGAGGCUACUGAAGAUAGCGGUGAUGCACCUAAAGGUCGUAAACGAAGAAAGAAAAAGUAUUCAGUGCUUCAAGCGAAGUUAACUCGUUUAGCUAGCUUAAUUGGACAACUGGGUACCGUUGUGGCUAGUUUAACAGUAAUAAUAUUAAUUGUAAAAUUUUCUGUCACUACAUUUUAUUUUAACAAAGAACACUGGGAUACAGGCAGACAUUUACAUCAAUUUGUACAGUUUAUUAUUAUUGGUGUAACAGUACUUGUGGUUGCUGUGCCCGAAGGACUUCCAUUAGCUGUAACUAUUUCAUUAGCCUAUUCUGUCAAGAAAAUGAUGAAGGACAAUAAUCUUGUACGACAUUUGGAUGCAUGUGAAACAAUGGGUAAUGCAACAGCUAUCUGUUCUGACAAAACAGGCACUUUAACAACAAAUCGUAUGACGGUUGUUCAAUGUUAUUUUGGUGAGAAAUUAACCCAAAACACUGACCAAUUACCAAAAUUGAAAGAUUUAAAUCAUAGAAUUGGACACAGAUUUGUGCAUGGUGUCGCAAUUAACAGUAGUUAUACAUCACGUGUGAUUAUUCCAGAAAAACCAGGUGAAUUACCACAACAACUGGGAAAUAAAACCGAAUGUGCUUUGCUUGGAUUUGUACGCCAUUUAGGCGUAAAUUAUGAGGACAUACGAGAACGGUGGCCACAAGAAAGUUUAGUGAAAGUAUUCACAUUUAAUUCUUUACGAAAGUCAAUGAGUACAGUGAUUAAAAACUUGGAACCUGAUAGGCCAGGUUAUACUGUUUUCACUAAAGGUGCUUCCGAAAUGGUUUUAAAAAAAUGUAGUUUCAUCCUGGAUGCUAAUGGUGAACCUAAACCAUUUAGUAAAUCUCAUCAAGAUAAUUUAGUUCGAGAUGUAAUUGAACAAAUGGCUGGUGAUGGACUACGUACCAUAGGUAUUGCAUACAAAAGUUAUAUAGAUCCUACUGUUGGGCUAUUUUCAAAUGAGGUUCCUCUAAAUCGUGGACAGACACCUGAUUUUGAUGAUGAAGAUACUAUCGUCUCUGAUUUAACAUGUAUUGGAAUAGUCGGAAUUGAAGAUCCUGUACGACCAGAGGUUCCUGCAGCUAUAAGAAAGUGUCAACGCGCUGGGAUCACUGUACGUAUGGUAACCGGUGAUAAUGUCAACACAGCGAGAUCGAUAGCUGCUAAGUGUGGCAUUCUUAAACCAGGUGAUAACUAUAUUGUGUUAGAAGGAAAAGAAUUCAAUGCUCGUGUACGUGAUCCACGUACAAAUCGUGUUAGACAAGAUUUAAUGGAUCAAGUAUGGCCACAGUUAAGGGUUCUUGCACGUUCUUCACCACAGGAUAAAUAUACUUUAGUAAGUGGGAUUAUAGACAGUCAUAUUUCAACUCGUCGUGAAGUUGUUGCUGUAACUGGAGAUGGCACAAAUGAUGGACCUGCAUUGAAAAAGGCUGAUGUUGGUUUCGCUAUGGGUAUAGCAGGAACAGAUGUUGCAAAAGAAGCUUCAGAUAUUAUAUUAACAGAUGAUAACUUUACAAGUAUCGUUAAAGCUGUUAUGUGGGGAAGAAAUGUAUAUGAUUCUAUUUCAAAGUUUCUUCAAUUUCAACUAACUGUUAACAUGGUUGCUAUUAUAGUUGCAUUUGUUGGUGCGUGUCUAAUAACUGAUAGCCCACUUAAGGCUGUUCAAAUGUUAUGGGUCAAUUUAAUCAUGGACACUUUGGCGUCAUUAGCCUUGGCGACCGAAAUACCAACAGAAGAGUUACUUGAACGAGCUCCAUAUGGUAGAACAAAGCCUAUUAUCAGUCGUAAUAUGAUUAAAAAUAUCAUCGGGCAGUCUAUUUAUCAACUAAGUGUUAUUUUCUUUCUGAUAUGGUUCGGUGAAUUACUGUUAGAUGUUGAAAACGGUCGUGGUUUAAGUGCUAAAGGUAUAAAUCGUCCAACAGAACAUUUUACUGUGAUAUUCAAUUCAUUUGUUAUGAUGACAUUAUUUAAUGAAAUUAAUGCUAGAAAAAUUCAUGGACAGCGAAAUAUAUUCUCUGGAUUAACUAACAAUUUAUUAUUUGUUAUAAUUUGGAUUUCGACAUUUAUACUACAAGUUGUAAUUAUUCAGUUUGGUGGCUAUGCAUUUAGCACACGGCCAUUAGCUUUAGAACAUUGGUUAUGGUGUUUAUUUUUUGGAAUAGGCACUCUACUCUGGGGUCAGGUCAUUAUUUCAAUACCAGUAUGGAUAAUACCAAAGAGAAAACGUAGAAUAGCCAAGUCAAGACGUUUGACAUUAAUUGCAACACAAGAUGCAUUGGGAAUGGAAACAGACGGUCUAGUUACUCAAGAUUUUGCACAUCCACAACUUGCAGAUGGUGGUGUGGUGCAUAGAGCUAGUACAGGUUUUGUUAGUAAAGCGGCAAAUGCGGUUGCUCGUGGUUUUGGUGCAAUUUAUACACAACCUGAAGGUGAGGAAGAAGAGGAAGAGGAAGAGGAAGAUGAAGAAGAAGAUGAUGAAGAUAGAGAGGAUAUAGUUGGUGCCAAUCUACGUAAUACUGGCCAAAUAUUAUGGAUUCGAGGCUUAUCAAGAUUACAAACACAGUUGAAAGUUGUACAUGCUUUUCGAGAUCAACGGGAUUCAGAAGAUGAACGUGCGAAUAUAGCAGCGUUAAUGCAUCAUCAUCGUUCAUCAAAAGAUGUCUUACAACCAACAUCAAAGAAAAGAAGAAAAUCACAGCAACUAUAUAAGAAUAAUAAUGACAAUAAUAAUAUUAAUUCACAUCAACAAUCCCAUCGUUACCACCACCACCAACAGCGACGACAACAACUUCAACUGACAGAUUCCACAGACUUUUCUCCUACUUUCCCAGUUACAUCAAAUAAGUUAGGAGAAAAAAUUGCAGAAGGAAAUCCACUGUUAGUUUUAGAGCUAACUAAUGAUGAAGAAAAGUAUCAUAAUAGCAAUGAGCAUUGUGAUAUCAACGAUGAUGGUAAUAAUAUCAAUGUUAACACCAGUCAACAAAGACAAGAUCAUGAUCAGGAAAGUACACUUGCCGAAGUAACAACAAUGAAAUGCAAGAAGAAUAAUGAUGAUAAACAGUUUAAAGAAACUGGUUAUGAAAUUUCAAAGGAAACUACAGACAAUAUGAUAAAUCCAGAUCUUGAAGAAUGGAUUAAAUCGAGUUGGUUACAUGAUUCAAUUGGGCAAGAAAACAUAAGCUGUACUGUGCCAGAAUCAUCAUAUAAUAUGGGAAAUAAUUUUCAACUACAAAAUAAUCCUUCAGCAUGUACAUUUGAGCGUCAAGAUUCAAAUACCGUUGUAGUUGGAAGAAAUCAACAUUCAAAUCGGCCGCACAAACAAAGAAGAUCAAGUAAACCACCUGCUCCGCCACCUCCACUUAAACAACCAUUUAGUACAGCUACCUCAGACAGCUCUAAUUUACUUUAAACUUCCUGUGAUAUACAUCAGUCCAACUGUUUAUUCUUAAGUUUCAUCUACCUAUAUUAUUGAAAAGAACAUGAUAUAUAAUCUCUUAUUGUUUAUAUAAUAAUGCAUUGUUCCUCAACAAAUUAGUGAAUAAACAUAUUACUUCUUACUCUACAUUAAAAAAGAAUUUAUCUAUUACUUGUAAAUUAAAUCUGAAGAUAUUGUCUACUAGAAACAUUGUUCAAUUUGUAAUCUCAGUGAAAUCUUCAUUCAUAUCUAUGAAACUCUAUACGUUAAAACUGAGAUUCUUACUUCAUAUAUAGAAUUUCAUCUUAAAUAAUUAUUUACUAAUUAUUUAACAUUCCCCUUUACAUUUCAUUCAUUUCAUAUAAGAAGAAAUAGAGAUUUGCCUAGCAGUUUAAAAUUUGCUCAAUCAUCAAUUACAGUGAUUUUUAUUAUCAUCAUCACCAUCAUCAUUAUCAUCAACAACAACUUCCGUUUUGGAAAUCACUUUGUUUUCCAACGUAUAUUUAAAGAAAACAUUUUUUAUAUUAUAUACUACUUCUAUAUUCUUACCGUCAAUUACUUUGGUUUAUUUAAAUUAAUUCUAAUAUAAUGUUAUUGUAUUCAAAGAAAUAUUAACUUAAUGAUUCCCUCUCUAAAACAUCUUAUUCCAUCAAUCUAUUUAUUUUCUAUACUUUAAUGAAAUUUAUAAAAAAUAAUAAUUUUUUUCAGCACAUUCUUCAAGUUCGUUUUUUUUUUUAUUAACAAUUUCACACAGUAGAUUGAAAAGCACAAAUUUUCCCUCUUUUAUUUUUAAACAAACAAAAAUCAAUAGAAAAGAAGAAAAAAACUAAUGUGCACAUAUAAUUAUGAUAAUGUAAUUCAUUUAUUAUUCUUUUGUUAUAUGCAUGGUUGUGAAAUGUAUUCAUUGAAUGCUUGAAAUCAAUUUUAUUAUCGUUAUCAAUAUUGUUAUCGUCAUCAUCGUUCAAUUAUGUAAUAUAUAUAUAUUCAAACAAAACAACUACAUUUUAUUCCACUGAAAGCUUCGUGCAAUCAGAGCAUUUCGUGGUGGUUAUUCAAGUAAACUAUGUGAUAUGAUGGAAUGGAGUAAUCAAUCGAAACGAUAUGUCAAUCAAUCAUAUAUUUCACAUUCAUAUCAAACAAUAAAUCGUUCAUCAACAAAUGUUUCAAAGAAUAAUGAAGAAGUACUUACGAAAUCAGUAAUUCAUUUGAAAGACGAUAAUGAUGAUGAUAAUAAAAAUGAUAAUAAUAUUGGUGAUGACGAUAAUAAUAAUAACAAUAAUAAUAAUAAUAAUAACUCUAGUACAGUCAAUCAAGAAAAAUAGUUUUACAGAAUUUCUUCUCAGAACUUUUAGAAAAGUAUUUUAUACAACCAACUAAAAGAAAAUAGAUCUACUGUCAUCAUUCUAACUCUUUCUUUAACAACAUACAUUUAUAUAUUUUUCAGAUGAAAAAGGUAUUCAAUUAAAUCAGUAAUUAAGAAGUGUUUUCACUGCUUAAUUAACAUUAUGAAUUAAAUUUUACCUUGGGUGAAUUUUACUCAUGUUUUACUAUUAUUAUUAUUAUUAAUAAAAUCAUUAUCACAUGUCUACUAAAACCAUUUGCCAUUAUUUACUAUUUUUUACACAAUUACUAUUCCUAUCUACUAAUAUUUACAAUUAUAUAUGUAUAAAAGAUUGUGAUAUGGUCUAAAUUACUUAAGCAUAUUUCAUUUGCAUACAACAUUACAAUCUUAAUGUAUGUAUAUGUGAGAAUUUAUGUGAAAUAUUGAGAUGAAACAAUCAGUAUAAUAAACAAUAUACAUUAUCUUACUAUUCAAGAAUUAUAGAACAGUUCAAUUUAAAAAUAAUUGUUGAUUACAAAAGUGAAUAUUCUCUGAUAUAUUUUUACUCAUUCAAAUUAUGAGCAUUUUUCUCCCUCGACAGGUAUUAUUCUAUAAAUAAGACUGAAUAAGGCUGUGUGAGGUUAUAUAUACAUAUAUUGAUUUUUUUUUUAAAAAAAACACAAACAACUAUAACAGAUGGACUAUAUCACCUUUUCUCAUAUUCCUCUAAAUUCUUCAUAUUUAAAGCACAGUAACCAUUUAAUAUCUACUGUUUACUGUUUUAGUGAUAGUAUUAUUAGUUUUGAAUUUAGUGUAAAACAACAAUAUUAACUUAGAAAUAGAGUUAUAGAAUUCCUUCAAACUAUUAGCAAUUCAUCAUAUUCACAAUUUGUCUAUCUUGAAGUACACUUAAUAAAAUAACCUAUACGAUUGUCUACAUUUUUAACCAUAAAAACUUGGAUAAGUUAUUUAAACUGCAUGAUAUAUAUAUAUAUGAUAGGUUCAGAGGGAUGAAAAACUAUUAGGAAUCUCACUAUUUUUACGGUUAAAUGAAGAUAACUCAAAACUCAAUGUCAUUGUAACCAAAUAUUCUGACUUUCCUGCAAUUAUUGUUUUUCUAAACUCUUAAUUAGAUUUCCAAUUUUUAAAUAAGAUUCCAUUUAAUGAGAGAACAAUUUUCCUCUUGUAGUUCAGAUACUUAAUUAGUUGAAUAAUAUAAUAUCAUCAAACAAUACAAUACUGUACUUACAGACUUUAUAUGUGUAUGUAUGGACAUAUUCAAAAAUACAUACAUAUUUCAUCUUGUCAUUCAUUCUAUCCAGUUUCAUUUUUAUUUCUUUCAUUUGUUCUUGCUCUUAUCUUAUUAAAUUUAUUACAACAUAUAAUAAAAUGUGAACAGGAAUGAUAAUUUCUUUUACCUAUUCUAUUGUCCUAUUCAUUCUGUUUAUUAUUAUCUGAACUAUGUUGUUUAAAAAUAUACAUCAUUUCUCCUAAUAAAAAAAUAUACCCUAACUACAAUACCAGUCAAUUAUUAUUAUUACUAUUGAUUCUAUUGUCUUCAUUUGAUUGAAUCUGACUUUUAUGAUGGUAAUUUUCUCAUUCAAAUUUAGUUUAAAAUCAUGAUAUUAUUUUUUCUAAAAUUUCAAUUAAUGAUUGUAUACAUUAGGUUUACAAAUUUUGAUGUAUGAACUGAAUAUAUAUAUCUAUAUAUAAUUGAAGAAAACAAAUAUAUACUGUUAUAAGUCUUCUUAUAUUGAUUACAUUCUUUUGUUACUGACGCCUCCACUGUGAUGCGCUUUCAGUGAGAAAAUGAGAUUUCAUGUUUGUUUGUUUCUGUUUGAAAAAAAGACUUCUCUAUCUAAUUACUGAUAAAUGCAUGCUUGUUAUUUUCAAGUUGAUACAUUGUUCUUAAUGAGCAGCAAUAAAUAAACAUUGUGAAAGCUGAAAGAAUCCCUAACGAUAACGAAAGAAAUAUUGAGGAUGAUCACCACUGUUAAAACGAGUUAAUAACGUAUUUCCAGCUCUGAGUCAAUUGAUGUUGUUUCAGUGUAACACCACACUAUCAGGGAAUCUUAUAAAUUAUUUUACCAUUAUAUUACGCCGAUUUGUUUCAAACCAUGAUAAUUAAACUAAAUAUAAGUGAUUUCAUGAAUUA